GCUGCCGGCGGUGACCGACGCUGCGCGCGCGCGGGGUUAGGGAGCGGUUGGCCAACAUGGCGGCGUCGGAGGAGGACGGGGGCUUCGGGGACGGAGAGCGGCUGGAUUUCCUGAAGGAGCGGCACGUGCGGUUCUUCCAGCGCUGCCUGCAGAUCCUGCCCGAGCGCUAUUCGUCCCUGGAGACUAGCAGGUUGACAAUUGCUUUUUUUGCACUCUCCGGUCUGGAUAUGUUGGAUUCCUUAGAUGUGGUGAACAAAGAAGAUAUAAUAGAAUGGAUUUAUUCCCUGCAGGUCCUUCCCACAGAAGACAGGUCAAACAUGCAUCGCUGUGGAUUCCGUGGUUCUUCGUAUCUGGGAAUGCCAUUCAAUCCGUCCAAGGGUCCCGGGAUUGCUCAUCCCUAUGAUAGCGGGCACAUAGCAAUGACUUACACUGGCCUUUCCUGCUUGGUUAUUCUUGGCGAUGACUUGAGCCGAGUAAAUAAAGAAGCCUGCUUGGCAGGACUAAGAGCUCUCCAGCUGGAUGACGGGAGUUUUUGUGCAGUCCUGGAAGGAAGUGAAAAUGACAUGAGAUUUGUGUACUGUGCUGCUUGUAUAUGCUACAUGCUUAACAACUGGUCAGGGAUGGAUACGAAGAAAGCCAUUGACUAUAUCAGGAGGAGCAUGUCUUAUGACAAUGGGCUUGCCCAAGGAGCCGGACUUGAAUCUCAUGGUGGUUCUACUUUUUGUGGUAUUGCAUCCCUAUGCCUAAUGGGUAAACUUGAAGAGGUAUUCUCUGAGAAACAGCUGGACAGGAUAAGGAGAUGGUGCAUUAUGCGGCAACAGAAUGGUUAUCAUGGCCGACCUAACAAGCCUGUGGAUACCUGCUACUCAUUUUGGGUUGGAGCAACUCUUAAGCUUCUGAAAAUAUUUCAGUAUACAAACUAUGAAAAGAACAGGAAUUACAUUUUAUCAACCCAAGAUCGCCUUGUUGGUGGAUUUGCUAAAUGGCCAGAUAGUCAUCCAGAAGGACAUUCUGACAGUCCCAGCUAGCAUCUUUUCCAGACGUCUGCUAUUCUACAGGAAGGAAUGAAGGCAGAUGGUGAAAAAAUGCAGACUUUUCUGGGUGGGUUAAGCAAGGCACAAUACUGUAGGACAGUGGUUCCCAAACCUUUCUCCUCAUGGAUCGCUUGAAAUUGCUGAGGGUCUUGGCAAAUCACUUGUUUUUCCACCUGUUGUAGCAACUGACAUGCACUGUGCUAGGUUUUUGGUUGAAUUUUUAUAGACGUGCUGUGGACCACUUUUUUAUUUUUUAAGAUUCUGCAAUAUAGUCAGGGUAUGUGUGUAGAGCUUCAGAUUUAACAGAUCAAGUUUAGGCUGUAAUAAUAGAACUGGAACAACACAGCGGCUCCAAAACAGACUGAGCUGCUGCACACCCCUUAUGUUUCUUUUGGAAUUGCCAUAUAUCUCUUUGAAGACAUGUGAUGACUUUAGUCUUUUGACUGUAUGACCUGGUAUGUGGGAUGUUGUUGGGAACUUUAAAGCAAAUUAUUAGGCACCUGUCCUGUAGUUUAGGACCCUCUAGGUGUUCUAUAGGGCUGGGCUACACCUGGUUUUCAACAUCACAAUAUAUCACCAGCUAAACAUUGCGAUAAACUGAUACAUUACAACGUUUGGAAUAAGGAUGGAGCUAUGUAGAGGCAUUGGCUGGCUUCACAUUUUUUUCCACAUUGUGAUUUUUGCAGGACACACACACACACAAACACACACACCAUAAUUCGCAGUAUAGUGCCAGGUCAAAAAUUAUGAAUCUGAUAUCAUGAUAUGGACUUCAAAUUGGUUUUGGAUGAUAUAUAGGGUUGUCAUAUUUCCAAAAGUAAAAACUAGGGUACCCCAAAAGUAGUUGAGCUUUUUAAAGGAAGCCCCCAAAAUUGUUGAGCUGUUUACAAAAAUGCAAAAAAAAGCGAUUUUUCGAUUGACUUGCCUUUGGAAAUCCCCCCCAGACAUCAAUUCCGCCUUUGAAAUCCCGGUAGUGUCUGGGAUAAUCCAGACAUAUGGCAGCCCUACGAUAUAUAAAUAUAUUGCCCAGCCCUAGUCUUCUGCUAUUUAUAGUAUAAAAUUUGUCUCUUAAAAAAUUAAGAUUGAACUCUUCACCAGGCUUUUUCUCAUUUCUGGAAUAUUGUGUGGAUUCUGACAAAGUUUACUAUAAAAGCAGGUAUAAUGUGAUGUGCAUGACUACAUGACUGUAUUUUGUCCCAGGAGGCAGAGUAAGGUCAUGACCUUCAGUGGCAUCCCUGUAGAACAGUGGUUCCCAACUGGUGGGCCGUGGACCCCAGGGGGUCCAUGUAUCCCACCCAGGGGGUUCAUGGCACCAUGCACAUAACAAAAAAUACCAUAGAGAUAACAUUUUUUCAAAAGUAGGGGGUCCAUGGGUUG